AUGGCGAGGAAGGAGGCAAAACUUUCAGUUACAGCAGCAAAAACGAGAGGUUUUGAACACUUGUAUGCAGAAUUAGAGGACAAAGAUAAGGGUUUAUGUAAUUUGAGAAGCCUCCAAGAGUUGGAUAUUAGCGGAAACAGCCUCAAAGGAUCUAUUCCUCCAUGUAUUAGCAAUUUAACAUCCCUCCGUCUCCUCGAUCUUUCUGAAAAUAACCUUGGGGGAACAAUUCCUUCUGAUGUCCUUAGGCUCAAGUCCCUCGAAUACCUUUCUCUUUCUUUGAACCAUUUUGAAGGGUCCAUCGCAUUGAGCUCAUUUACUAACAACUCCAAUCUUGAGGUUCUCGAACUUGACAGCCUUAACAAUGAGUUGGUUGUAGACACAGAAAAUGCACCCUGGAAACCCUCUUUUUCAGCUAAAAGUCCUACGAUUAUCAAACUGCAAAAUCAAUGCCUUCUUCCAGCAUCUAUUGGCCAUAUUUUCCCAAAUUUGCUGUAUUUGAACAUGUCUGGAAACUCAUUUCAAGGUAGUAUUCCUCAUUCAAUCGGCAACAUGAGUGAGUUAUGGUCACUGGAUCUGUCGAGCAACAAUUUCACUGGAGAAUUACCUGAACGCUUGGUUAUGGGCUGUAACAAAUUGUUUGCACUGAAGCUUUCACAUAAUAAUCUACAGGGCCAGUUAUUUCCCAAAAAAUGGAACCUCACAAGGCUUGGGGUGUUGUUUUUAGAUAAUAAUCUCUUUUCCGGACAGUUGUUACCUGGACUUGUUACAAGCUCCUCCUUGGGACUUUUGGAUCUAAGCGAUAACGCGAUCUUAGGAAAAUUACCUGAUUGGAUUGGGGAAUUUUCUGUCCUUGGAUCCCUUAGUGCGUCCAGAAGCUCGUUCAAAGGUCCUAUACUAGAAAAUUGCGGAAGGAGCAUAGGUGCAGUAUCUGAUCCGAAUCCAGGAGAUCCAGGAGAAACUGUUGAUCUGUUCAAAGAUUCAUUUUUGGAGACUUUUGUUCCAUCAUGCGUUGUGGCAUUCCUGGGAGUUGCUGCUUUUAUCUACUUCAACUCCACUUGCAGAAUGAUUUUUCAGUUUAUUGAAGCAAAACUCUUAUCUUCCAGAUAG